AUGGGCAUUCAGGACUUGCAAACUUUCUUGGACAGCAACUGCGUGCAGGGGGGAUCCAUGCCUGUGGACUUGUUGAAGAUCGCGCGCCUAGUUGUCCAACGGCAACGUAAUCGUAUGAUUAAGGGGCAGCUGCAUAAUUCUGGGAAACUCAGAUUGGUUCUCGAUGGAGAAUGUUGUCUAGAUCGAUUGUAUGGUGGCUACUUCUCAGAUUGGGCAUGCGGUGGGCAAUGGAAUCGCAUGCUCCAAUUUUUAGCAGUCCUCAUACAAGCGACCGAGAUGUCAGGGUUGGAGCUAGCUGUAUUCUUUAAUGGUUCCUUCGAAUCUCUUCGGCGAGUCGACUGGGUACAGCAACAGCUGCAAGUGCGCGCUAAGGUUAACAAUGUCUUAAAACACAUAGCAACGAAAGGCACUCCACCGCCGAAAAUCUGGUGGACCCCUCCGCCGUGUUUAAGAACCAGCUUACGCAUGGCCCUCAGGCACCUGAAUGUCACAGUUUUAUGUAGCAUGGAUGACCAUCACCAAGAAGUCAUCGCGUAUUGUCGUGAGAGUAAUUACAAUGGACUGAUAGCUGACGACGCAGAGUACGCUGCAUUCGAUCCUCCGCGUUAUUUCUCAUCCGAACAAUUAAAACUUACGUACAAGGGUUCUCUCGACACGAAAGAAUACAUGCUUUCUGAACUCACUAAAACUCUCAACAUACCAUCCGACCGGCUUUGUAUACUGGCUGCCUUGCUUGGAAAUUACAUAUUGACCGAGAACGACUUGGCUGAUUUUUACAAGAAGCUGAACAUCAACACCAAUCACAACAAGACGAACGUCGAGCAAACGAUCAAGACAAUUGCUAAUUUCGUUAGGGAACUCCCGUCUGUGGAACUGGAUAGCGUUUCUCAAAAAGUCUUCGGUUCUAUCUCCGAUCCAAGGUCUUCGAAAUUGAGGCAGUCCGUUCAAUAUUAUUUAAAUGGGACGAAGGAAGGAUUUUUACACUAUAAACCUGUGAAACCGACGAAAGUUCAUAAAUUGGAUUCCAAAUCGAGCUCGCAGACUCAGUCGAACUUGUCCGACGUUCCAUCCGCCUCGGAAGGUGAUUCGAAUCUGGAGACGUCAAGGUUCGCCUCGGAGACUUUGGAGAGCGAACGCGAAAGCUUGAACGCGUAUAAGCAGGCAACGGCUAACGCGAAAGCGGCACCUCAGAUCAUAAUUGAUCCGCCUGGCAUUCAGGGUCAUGGAGAUGCCGACACUCUACGUGCGGAGGAAGAGCAAAGUGAUAUGCAGGCUAUAAUAAACGGUACUCACAAUCUCCUAAUAAGUUCGUCGAGUUCGAGCAGCAGCUCUUCCGCCACGUCGCCGUCCCACGCGACGGCCGAUUCCGCGAGGCAACCGGAGAAAACGACCAGUAUUCCCAGCACGUCGCCGGAGGUCAUGCGCACCGCCUCGGAGCGUCAUCAGAAAGGACUGAUGUCGCCGCACAUCUAUCAGAUUCUCAUUGCCGGCGAGAUCAAGCUGCCGGUCCUCCUAGAGGACGAGAACCAUCGCGAGUUCCCUUCCAUUCACGUGAUUUACAGACCGAUCCGGCAGAUGGUGUACGCAAUUCUGUUCAACCUUCAUCAUCGAAUGUACAUGGCUACGAAAAAUAAGGAAAAGGGUGACAGCGAAAAGGUCGAGGUGCCAGACGUGAUAAUAAAGGAAUGGGUGUGGUCCAAAUCCAAUCCAUAUCAGACUCCUGAAUUGGUAAAGGCGGAGCAGAUCGGUUGGGGCGUGCCCACGAUUCAACGCUUGUGGUUCGGCACAGUCAUAGAUGACAAACGACGCAGGCUCAGAGGAUUCCUGACUUGCAUGAGAUCGGACACGCCUCUCAUGUUAAAUACCUCAUACGUGCCGCAGCAUCUCCUAGUCAUGGCUUGUGUUCUGAGAUACAUCAUGUCCUUCUCUGAUAAAAUAAAGAUCUUGCGCCGACAGGAGUUAGACGCCUUCAUCGCACAAGCCUUUUCGCCGGAGCUCAUGAACGCUCAGUACUUGCAAGAUCUGCAGCUUCCAUUGGUGACCUCACGUGGCGUACAACUAGCCACCUUAUUCAUGGCCGGUGUGGAAACCGCAUUGCUGGCGAACGACGCUUGUGGUGCGCCGAUCCCAUGGUUAAUGUGUUGCCCUUGGCUUUAUUUCGACGGCAAGCUGUUCCAUCACACCUUGGCGCGUGCUACUAUCGCGAAAAAUUUAUUGGAAAUGUGCAGUGGUCAUAUCGAUCGUGUGGUGAAGGUUGAAAGAAUGAGGAAGGCAAUACUUGAGGGAAUUAAUGUUGCGUUCGCACGGCCGCCUUUACCUGUGACACCAGGUAUUCGUCUGUCCGUUCCUUCGAAUAUCUUACCCUCUGGCUGUACCAUCAACGACAGUCUGAUGCGCAGUCGUGGCAGCCCCGCAAUGCCGCAACGUGGCAUAAUGCGACGUCCUAUCCCAUCGCGUGGCGGCCAGCUGGAAAUCGCUGGAGUUGUAGUAGGCCAGUGGGGUCCGAAUUACGGGCAGCCCGGUCGGUUGCCGCAGCCCCUGCAGGGACACCCUCGCGGACGGAUCCCACCGCAGGUAACUUCUAUCGGUGGGCUUAAAUACGGUCUUCCUCGUGGAUUCCAUCCAAUGACUCGACCGACGUUCCAAACCCGUGGAAAUAGCCGUGCUCCCAUCGCUGGACGUGGGAAGAAGACUCAGAUGAAGGUAACUAGUAAAAAGAAAACUGCUAUCAAGAAGACCAAGGAAAUCGAGAAAAAAGAUAGCAAGGAUCGCGGAGUCGCUGUUGAUGGAAUCUCCGAUUAUAAUGAUGCAAUUCCAAACAUGAACUCGACGAAAGAUGCAUUACCGGUGGCGGGUCAGUUCGAUGAUGCAGUGGAAACCGUGAAGGGUAUGGAAAAGGGACAAGGCGACGCACCGCUCGUCACUCCGGUCGCCACGGAAAAUUAAACGUCAAUACGUAAGGAAAACAAAAAAAAACGAAACUUCGAAAGAUGACAUUAAUUAAUCCCUGAUGAUGACUCAAGACUGCAAAUAAUCUACUUAUAUUUCGAGCGAUUGUGCACUGGUAACACGUGGAUGGAUGUUCGUGCUGAAAAUUGUUAUACGUAGCACGUAGUGCGUAAGUUACAUAACGUUUCCACCACAAUUUGCUUCUCACGUAACGCAUUAUCUUACAAUCGGUACAAAUUGCAGUUUAGAAACGUAAAAAAAAACAUUUGCAUUUAUUUAUUUUAUUCUUUUACGUAAAAAUCCCGCAAUACGAGUAUACAGAAGUUACUUCUGGAUUAAAAAGAGUUAUUUUUGAGAAAUUGAUUAUCCGGAAUGGAACUAUCCAUUAAACGUUACGUGCGCAAGAGCUCCGUAAUCUCUAAAGCUCUAAUGGGGCCAAAAUAUUGAACUAAUAAUAAGAGACAAAAAAAGAGAUCUUCGUUCGUGGUGUGCCGGUAGUCCGGCGGCGCGACAGAAAGAUUUUAACCCGUUCUUGACAUAUAUAUACAAGAUAUAUGAUAUCGUCACUGCCAAACGUACCACUCUGUAUAAGAUAGACAAAGAGAAGAAGAAGGAGAAGAAAAAACUCGUGCUUGUGCUAGAGCGAGUUAACGUCUCGCUCACAUUACCAUGGAAUGGAACUCGACUGAUUAGUGUAUGCGUGCGCUAAUUUUACUAUUCAGAACAAGUCGCCAGCUGCUAUAAGUAUUUAAUUCUUAAGGAGCGUGAUUAUUUUUUUUACACGAAAAUAUAUAUUUUCCGGUAUUAUAUGAAAUGCUCGCUACGACACGUCUCAGCGAUCUGAUCGGUGACGAAGGUAGCUUGAUGCACACACGUAGGCACACGUACAUACACACACACAUACACACACGUAUUACACGACUAGCUCUUACAAAUUUCCUUGUAGAUAAGAGAGACGCCGGGCAGAGCACUGAGACAGUCACUAGCACAUGGAGACUGAUGCUUUUCAUAUAGGUAAAAUAUAUAUUUAUAUAUAUACAUAUGAUUUAGAUUAGAGUUCCAAUAUAGUAUAUUAUACGUAAGUUGUGCCUGUGUACCCUGCAUGAAUGUGUUGCACCUACGAGUACUUGGGAGAGAUGUAACAAUGUACGUACGUUUACGUUGUCAGGAGUACAUGAGAAACCGAGAGAGAGAGAGAGAACGAGACAAAGAGAGCAUGAAUAAAAGAGAGAGAAAGAGAGUGCGAACGGGAGAUUGAAGAGUGAACGAGAACGGGAGAGAAAGAGCCACGAUAAUGAUGUACAUAACGUGGCGUGUUACGCUGCGGGCGCAUGUACAUACACGGUAUCGUCAGUGUGUAGUAUAUCGUCGUAUGUAUGUGCGCUCGUGCAAUCUAGGUCAUAUAUUUAUUUGCUGUUGCGUUUGAGAAUUUGUACGAGUGGAACUUGAAUGAAAUCUGAAGUUUUUAGGUACGGUAGCGUUUCUACCUAGUACGUCCCGCGGACGUGAGGCUCGUCACGAGGAUCCCUGACGUAGACGCGUUCGUCGAAGGAGGCAUCCUCGAGGCGCGCCUCGCACAUUGUUUGGAAAGUAUGCUACAUUACGACACACACGCGCGUUACGUGUUCGCUUCGUUGAUCCGCGGUCAUUUAUACGACGAGGAGGCCGUCGUCUCGUCGUCGUUGAAACGUUGACAGCAUUAAUUUCAUUUCCAUUGCGAGUUCUGGCGUACUCCUUUAUUAUCUAUUAUGUUUUAAGUUUUGGUUUGAUAUAAAGUUUAAUGCAAAGUGGUAAUAAUAAACGUUGAAAGUCUAUCGCGAUAAGUCACGACUUGGCAACCUUUUUGUUUUGAGAAGAGAUUUGGAGAAUUUGUUAAAUUUAGAAAAAAAGACGAAUUCUAUAUAUUGGGCAUACUUGGUCUGAUGUAGCAUAUUUCGAGAUGUCCCUCAUUUAAUUGUACAUAUGAACGGUUACUUUAGAAAUGACACAGUGUGAUUGACAUAUGGUGUACAUAAAGAAUUCAGGUGCGCGUGUGCUCAUCACCGCAUUGGAGGAUAGGAGAUGAUUAUGUUAAAAAUAUACUAUUUAUGUGUAGAAUAGUCUAAAAGACUUUCUACCAAAGAUCAUCGGAGUUUAAGAGAAAGAAAGAGAGAGAGAGAGAGAGACAAAGGGUUCUUUUAUCAAAUGAUAUAUAACAGCAAAAUAAAAUAAAAAAAUGGAGCAAGACAGCACGACAGAACACGAUUAUUAAAAUAACAAAGAUGGGGCAACAGCAACGUGUCUAAGACACGUGCUGAACGUAGAGGUGAUUAAAGCGAGUAAAAAGAGAAAACCGUUUAUUGAGAUAAUAUAAUGAGAGAUGAUAAGAUAAAAUGUUAUAUUUUUGUAGAUUUGUUAUUGCGUAAAAUGCAUUAGGACAAUGAGAAACUUUAUAUAAUUUGAGUAAAAUGACAGUUAACGAGCCUGAGAGUAGUUAAAUGAGUAAAAUCCUAUGAUGAGAAGGAGAGAGAGAGACGGAGAGAGGAUGAAAGUGCUUUAGAUGGCAUAGUUAAGGAUGGAACAUCUGAAGAUAAAUUUUGCCGAGGAAAAAAGAAAAUGAAUCCCACGUUCUUCUACGUUUCCGAAGCUCUCAGUUCCCUGAGUUGCUUGUAGGAACAGAAAAAAGAAAGAGAGAAAGAGAAUAUAUAUAUAAAUAUACAUAUAUAACAUAUAUGAGUAAUAACAGAGAUGAAUUGUGUAACUAAUAAUGUCAGCUUCAAUGUGCGCCGAGCAUAAUGUGAAAAUAAUUCGACUGUUCCACGCGAUGCAUAUGCGAAAUCGUCGACAUUUGCUUCAAGUUUGUCUUAACGAAUGUUUCCACAUUUCGCGGAUAUAUAAUAUAUACACACGGAAUAUAUAUGAUUUUCGAAGUCGUACGAGUCUCUCAUAACUUACGUAAUUAACGUAACGUUACUUUACAAGUUACAUUGUAAAUGCAUUAAGUACGAUCGCCGUAACGAUAUUCCUUUGUGAGUGUAAAUUUUGAAAAAUUGACAAGUCGUUUCCGGACGACGACUCACACACGACACAAGCACACCCACAUACACGUACACACACACCCAUACACGCAAACGUACAACACGUACUAGAAGCCGACUUUCUUGAAUCUGACGAAAUACGAAUUUGAGAGUGUAAAAUGCCACUUUACGCUUUUACGUAAAGAUAGAUGAUUUUCUUUCCGAGAAAAAUCGAACUCUCUUGAUAUCGGAUACAAAAAAAAAGAAAAAAACAAAUAAAGGACGCAAAUAAUGAUAUGAUAUGUACGUGACGUGAUCAGUUGCCGCUGCACUGAUAUGAGUAUGCAAUAAUAAUAAUAAUAAUAAUAAUAAUAAUAACGUGAAAUAAUUUAAUAUGAACGCCAGAGGCGUUGUGCAAAAAAAA